GCCGCUGCUGUGUGUGGGCCUUUCUGGCUCUUUGGAUGUGCCUGCUGGCCGCCGGGGCCUCCGGUGAGACCAUGAUCGAGGUGGACGAGAACGGCGACGAGUACGAGCUGAAGCGAUUCUACAUCCAGGGUCGCCAGCUGAGCGGCGACGGCAGUCAGUCGCAGUGUGUGGUCACCAGGCGCAAGCGAUCGGGUCGUGCCCUCCAAUCCGGAUCGGUAGCGGGUUCGGGAUCAGGAUCCGUAUCGGUUAGCUCCCAGCCGCUGAAGGUGGAGGCUCUGCCAGCCAAGGAGCAUCGCGAGGGCGGAGCUGUGCUGCAGGAGGUGGAGAAUAGCAAUAGGCGUUAUGUGGCCCUGACGGGUGUCCACCUGGAGUCGCCGCUCCAUGAGGAGCAGGAGGAUGUGGAGGAGAACGACGAUGAUGAUCAGGAGGAUGAUGAUGAGGUGGAGGAAUCCCAAUCUUCAUCCAAAUCGCAGUCGAACUUUGUGCCCGCCGCUUUGGCGUUGCCACUUCAGCAGCCGCAGCAGCAGCAGCAGCCGACCAGUGCUGCCCAUCUGAACCAGGGCGUCAGUGUGGUGGCCAAUGCUGCCAGUCAUGCCAAUGUGGCCGAGGAUGCCGGCAUUGUGGUCGUUCAGUCGCACCAGCCGCCCAAGGUCAAUCCGGACACCCAUGCCGUCUUCGAGCUGAAGCCGGUGCAAUCGGAUGUGGAUCCGUCGUCGGCCGUUAGCUUCUAUCCCUUCGUCCAGCCCUGGGAGGUGGUGGAUCAGUAUGGUGGCGAUGACUACGAUGAGGAUGACUACGACGAGGAGGAGGACUACGAUGACUUCCACUACGGCGGCUACGAUGGCUUCUUCCGGGAUCAGCCUGCAUUCCAGGGACUGGGCGCCUACGAGGAGCACAUCAUCAGCGAGGAUCAGCCCGUCUCGACGAUAGCCAGCUGGGUGACUGGCGAGGAUGACAGCGAUAUUGCUCCUGUGGUCAACAAGCGGCCCAAUCGGAAGAACAAGAACAAGAAGAAUCAGAAGAAUAAGAACAAGAAUCAGAAGAACAGGCGACAGCAGCAGAAGAAACGCAAGCAGGAGGCUCAAGAAGAAGAGGAGCUGACUACAAAGAGGAAGCAGAAGAAGCCGCAGCAGCAGGAUAAAGAUAAGGAUCAGAAGAAGAAGAAGCAGGAUAAGGAUCAGAAGAAGAAGAAGCCGGAGCAGAGUCUGGAGAAUCAGGAGGUGGAUGCUACCCCCAUCGAGGUGAUCAAGAAGCCAGUGGCCAUGGAUUCGGAAUCUGCAGUUGUUUCUGCCUCCUCUUCUUCGUCCACCAGCAGCAAUUCUUCGGGCAGCAAUUCUACAGACGGGCAGAAGAAGAAGAAGAAGAAGAAGAAGCCUGCCAGCAGCAGCAGCAGCAGUCUCAGCCAGCGUAGAACCAAGAAGAAGAAGAAGCAAUCUAGCAGCAGCAGCAGCAGCAUCAGCAUUUCAAGCAGCAACAGCAACAAGCGUCGCCGCCCCAGCAGCAACAUGGGUUCUUCCAGCAGCUCCUCCAUCGGAGGCUACCGUCGCCGUCGUCCGCAACAGCAGCAGCAGUUGCAGCAGCAGCAGCGUCGCCGGAAGACGCAACAGCAGAAGCGUCGCCGCCAGCAGCAACAGCAGAAGCGAAGACGCCAGCAGCAGCAGCAGCGCCGUAGAUUGCGCAACAAGAAUCGUCAAUUCUACGGCGACGAGCCGAUCAUCAACUGCAUUUACAUCAACAAGGAUGCCCCGACCACGACCACGCCACGCCCCUUCUGGAACAUCCUGGGCAGACAGUCGGAAGCGGAGGCGAAUGCCAAGUCGGUGAGCCCCUCGGACUCUUCUUCCGAAGAAUCGCCCGUGGAUCCGGUGGCCCAGCAGGCGGUUCUUCAGGCGGUGCGUCGCAACUUCAACGAGUUCGGCGGCAGGAAGCGCACCAAUCUGCGAUUCGUGUCCUAGAUGACCACCCAUAAGCUAUAAGUCCUCAUUUUUUUUUUUUUGCCUAUUUAUUUAUUUAUUGUAACGAACCCACUAUCAACAUACUUUUUUUUUUGAUCGAACCCGAUGAAAGUUUUACUUGGAAAGACCCC